UUCACACACACACUCACACACACACAUACACAAACAUACAAAAAAAAAUCUCUCGCAUCCGUACAUCCCCCACGCAAACGAUUCUCUCGAUGACAGUCGUAACGGAGUUAAUGGAAAAGAAAAAUUGAUUAGUCACUGUUUGUCCCUGAAUUUUCCAGUAUCGACCAAGACGUGUUUUUCCUGCGUCCCGAAGGAUCCUAUAUAAAGCAUGCUGGGCUCAAACGUCGUCUCCUAAGGAUAUGAAAACUGACAGACUACUCCAGCAAGCAAUCUCCCACCUCAAAUCACUUAUUAGCACAGAAAAGGACAAUGGCAUAUUCCUCCACUCCCCAACGAAUGAUAUCGAGGAGUGCUGCUCUCAGUCUGCUCUCGAGUGCUUCAGGAAAGAGCUUACCAGCACCACCCAUAAGACUUCAAAAAAACUGAAGAUGAAACUGGCAAGAAAUCUCGGGAAGCCAUCCAUCAUGAACAGCCUGAACACCUGCAGUGAGACAGAAAUAAAGAAAGUCCAGUGCAUGACCUGUGACUCCUACCCGAAGGUUAACAGCAGCCAAUUCCUGGUUAAUUUACAGUCCCGUCUGCAGAAGGCUUUCAGUAGCCGUCCUUAAAAUACAAGCAUGCUGAUGACGAAGACUAUGUGAAUGUGUGGACAACACUACCUCAUGAAACCUUGGUGUAAAGCACUCUGGAUCAACCCACCUAUUUAUUGCCUAUUUAUUUGUAUUUGUAUUUCAGUAGACUGAGAAAUGACUUAAUAUUUUUUAUAUUGAUAUGUUGGCAGUGUGUUCGGCAGUUUUCGUACUGCUAAUUUGGAUAAAUACUGUGUACACAUUGCAGAGAAAUGUUUUACAAUGUACAUAUAUACUGCAUUAUAUAGUAUUAACAGCUGCAAACUUUCACAAGAGACUUAAAAUAAGACCUGUUGCUGAUAGCGCACGUUCUAGUUAUUGGGCAAAAUUACCAAAACAGCAACAACAACAACAAAAAAGUUUGGUUCACACUGUCAACUGAAGUAUCUUCAUGAAUGAAAAAAAUUAUAUGUCUCAUAAUGAGACUUCAUG